ACAUAUAGUAUCGACAAAUUAAAUACUUAUAUGUGAUGGAAUUUUUUAUAUCUAUACAAUAAUGUUUUUAUAUAAUCAUCUAUACCUUGGACAUGGAUCAUUUGUAAUUGUAAUUUUGAAUGAAAACCUUUGAAUUUAUCAUGGUUCGAUCGAUUUGGUCUUAAAAAUUUUACACUAAUUUCAGAAUUUCACAAUUUUAGAUAAGAUGGAAAAUGAAAAUAUUAAAAAAAGACCACAAAUUGGGUUAGCUUUUAAAGAAAUGUUUUGAAAACCGGAUCAGACAUUGACUUGGCUAUAGUUGGGUCAAUGGUCAAACUGGUUUAGUCAGGUUUUAAAUUUUAAUCUAAUUUAAAUUAAGUAACUAAAUAUAUGUAUAACUAUAAAAUUAUUUUAUAUAAACUUUAUAUUAUUUGUUAGAAUCUAAAGUUGAUAUGAAAACAAAAUGAAAACUUUAAAAUAAUAUGAAAUAUAAUGAAACCUAUUUUAUUUAUAUAUAUAUAUUAGAAAACAAAUGUGAAAAUUUUAUGAAACCUUUUCAGAAUUUGUAAUUUUUUAUUCAUGUAACUUGAAUUUAAGAAAACUGGGUUUUAAUAUCAAACCGGAUCACGAAGGUUUAGCAAGUUUUACCGAGUUUUGAUCAGAUUUACCGGUUUAAUUUAAAUGAUUUUAGCACAACCUAGAACCGAUUAGAAAACAUGUCACCGAAUUUUAGCGAGUUUGGCUGAUUCGGUUUUGAAAACACUGCUCUAAAGUUAGACAACAAUUGUAAGUGUGGUUCUUUAUGGACCAAUCCAUACAUAAUUGAUUAGACCCGAUUAUCGAACUUAUUUGUGUGCCAAAUAAACUGAAUACUUUCAGAACAUAUAAAUUCUAAAAAAAGGAACAUCUGUAACUUUUUAUCGGUUUAGAUCUAAAAUUUACAAAUUAUCAGAUAUUUAUUUGCUUUUUAAUUUUCCUAAAACUAGCGUACUGUGUAUAGUCAGUUUGAGGGUUUCCAUAUAGUGAUAUAUUAUUAAUCAUAAUAAAUUUUACAUAUAAAAUUAUACUGAUAUAUUAUUAAUCAUAAUAUAGGGGUAUAUUUGUUUCCUACCGAAUAUAAGUUUGGACCUACGUCUGUUCAAAUCAAUUCUCAUAUCAAUUCUCAUACUGUCACGUAAGCUUAAUUAAGAUGUAAAAAAUUGACACAUCAUCAAGUUAAAAUUAUAAAUAUUACAAAAUAGAAGGUUAUAUUAAUUUUUUAAUGAUCCUCAAAUAAUAUAUAGAAGAUAUUCUACUUCCGUAGAUAAAUGCACAUUAGGUAUAUAGAUUGUAAGUUCUAAGGGAUGCAGAUAACUAGGACAUAUAAUUAUGUAAUUAACUGGUAUUAUUUAAAAUAUUUUAUAUAAAAUUUUAAGUAACUUGGGGCAUUAAACGUCCAAAAUGGACCAAAAAUUAUAGAACUAGCUAUUAUCUGUUCUAUUUUAGCGAAUUUUCCAUAAUUUAUUGUGUCUAUUUUCACCGUUUAAUCUGAAACUCCAGUAACCAAAAUUAUAGAACUAACUCUUUUAAAUUUUUAAGAAUUUUUCGCAAUUUUGUAUUUCUGUAAGAAAAUUAGAGAAACAUAUUGGACUUUUUUGUCAACAUAAAAUUCACUUUCCUGAAAAAAAAUCCUUUUCUUUGACCAAAACAUAAACCUAUUCGCGAAAUUGCUUUUACAAACGUUAUAAACUCCUGUCUCUGUCUCUCUCUCUCUCUCUCCGAAUUUGAAUUACGAUGGAGUUCAGAUACAGAGCCAUCGACAUCGAUCGGCCACCUCCUGUGAAAGACACGGCGCCAUCUCAGUCUCUGAAUCCAAUCCCAGGAUGCAACAUAAUACCAGGAUGGGACUAUGUUCAACGAGAGAUUGAGAAGGAGCAAAUCCGUCGUGAGAUCAUUGCAGCGGAAACUGCGAGAAGAAAAGAGCUUAUAGCUGAGGUUGCACAGGAGAUGGCCAUCGAGAGAGAAAUGGCGAUUAAAAGUAUGGCAGAGAAGGAGGAUAAGAUAGCUACGUGGAUCACUCAAAGGAAGCUUCCACAUCAGAACCACAACAACAACUUUUCUAAACUGAAGCGUACUUACAGUGAUCCUGCCAUCUACUCAAGCCCCAACAGUCUAGUUACAUCACCAAUGAAGCAAAUGCCUCCACUACAGCAAAUGCUUGAGGCUACAACAGCUAAGGAAACGCCAGUUUUGGAGUCUAACAAGGACAAGUUGAUUAUAUUGGAUAGGCCUGAUCCUAUCGGAGGGGAUGCUAAAACUCGUCUUGGAAGAGCUAAGCGUAAGGCAAAGGAUGUUGAGGGAGGUUUGAAAGAACCUUCUAAAAGGAAGCGGUUGUUUAAGUUUUGGUGCGACCUUUGUAGUGUUGGGGCCUGUAACGAAACAGUCAUGAGGAAUCAUGAGUUAGGAAAAAAACAUAAAGCUGCUAUUAAAAAGCAGCCUGAGAAGACGGCUGCUUCAACCUCCGUCAUCAUAGCUCCUGCUUCCCUUGCAGCUCCACAAUCAGAAGCUGUUACAGUAGUGCCGAAUACGCAGCGUCAGAAAGUGGAUGAAGUGGCGGCGAAAGAAACGGGAAAGAAGAUAGAAGGUGAGAAGAAAAAGUCGGUAAUGAUUUGGUGCGAAGCUUGUAACAUUGUGACGUAUUCUGAGAAUGUGAUGGAGACUCAUAAGCUUGGGAAAAAACACAAGGCUAUGCUUAAGAAACAUUAUUCUGAGCAGUUGCUGGAGAUUCACAGGCUUGAGAAAAGAGCAUCUACAGUCACAGUGAAAUCUUUAGAUGCUGAUCCAAGCGAGGAAGAAUCAAUGGUUCAUUUCUUGGAAAAUGCCUCUAGCUAGCUGAUUUAGCUACCAAUAUCAUUACAGUUCCAGUGACAUAGAAGGUUAUAUGGAAUCAGAGAUUUAAAUUUCAUUUAGCUAUGAAGAAAGUGUUUCUUUUUUUUUAUGUAUUUUUUAAAUUAUAUUUGGAAUCUUGAAAUAGAGAAACCAAUGCCAUUAGAGAGACUUGAAUAUGUGUGUUGAAUGGGAAUCAUGAUCCCCCAAUAUUUUGCUCCAGUUCCCAACGCAGCUAUGUAACAAAAAAAGCAUCCACAAGAUCAAUAGAUCAUGUUAUGGGCGAGGAGAAAAGAUGUCAAAGGCUAUUUUUACACCAAUGCCUACUAAAUGGACUCUGUAGAUGGGAUGAUCAACUUUGCAACGUGUAUGUUGCAAUCAAUAAAAGGAAGGCAGUACACACAUAAAAAGAGAUAUUUGUGGGGGUUGCGUUUGCUAGAUUUCAUGCAUGUUCUAAGUGUUUCGCUUUUUGUUUUGACAUCAUGCGGUUUUUUCAUUACUCAAAUUUAUGAUAGUCUGAAAAACCAGAUCAAAAUAAAAUAACCAAUAAAACAAAGUUUUCUAUAAAUGAUCUAGCUAAUCUACUGUUAAAUUACUCGCCCAAAGAAUAUAGGAGAUAAAAAAAAAAAUUAGAAAUCAUCUCUCAGGCUUGAAAUUUCUUUCAAUUCCAUUGGGAAACUUUGUCAUCCACCUGGAUCAUGAAUCCCAUAUAUCACCUUCCAGCAAUCUGUUUCAAAAUUCUUACAGUAUAAUGUGGUAGCAUAUUCUUCAUCGUCCAUAUAAAAACUUUAACUUCUACAUGUAGAGGCGAUAAUCAACCCCACCGGUUCUUAGUUCAUAAAAGUUGUGUUCCCCAGUAGAAUAUUUCCAUAUCCAUCCACAUCUAAAAAGUUGUAUCAUGAUGCCAAGAACCAUCCACCAUAUAAAUAUUGCACAACAUUAAGACGUGUAUAUGAUGUGAUCCCUGCUGUGCAUCAGAUGAAUCAGACUUAAAAGAAGAACUUAAUCUGCAGAUUUAAAAGAAAAAAGAAGAAGAAAAAUUAUUAGUUUGGGGAAAAUAAACGAAAAAACAAAAGUUACUUUCUAGUCUCUUCAUAAGUCUUAUUUUCAGGAAAUCGCCCGACAAAGUCAAAUGCAAUUUCUUGGCAAUCAAACAGUAACAGGCAUUAGAUUUAAAUCCCAAUCAAAAGAAAGCAAGCAUCAGACUAAAGGUCAUAACUGUUGGUGAGUACGUAUAAUUUUUAGUGAUGAGUUAUUAAAAUAUUUGGUGAUAAACCAUUGCGACUGUUAAUGAUUGUAUUCUUUGAUGAUAAAUCAUUCCAACUUUUUGAGUUAACCAACUUUGCAACCUUUAGUCUUCUACAUAAGGAGUUGUGGGUAUUGACAAAUCACAACAAGAAAGC